UGGAAGGAGCCUGCUCUCAUUACUCUGACUUUCCUUCUGGACCGUCAGAGAAUGGCUGUCUGUUGUACAAUUUUAUGCUCUCCUUAUCGGCUUCUCUUUCCACCCGCGGUAAUUGUGGCUGGCGGCAUGCCAGGGAGAGUGCGCAGUGAGGCGGGUGGAGAAGAGGAAGAAGAAGGACAGAAGCAAAGGCAAUCGAGGGAGGGCCUUCUUUCAUUCACUCGACAAAACCUGCGUUUCUUCCUGCACUUUCUGACAAUGCUGCACUGGGAACAGUAAUGAUCACUGAUCCCUCUUAAUGAGAAGGAUUAACAGGAAUCCCGACAUUGUCUUGGAACGCUUACAGGUGCAACGGGUAAGUUAGUGUGGCUACAAUAUGGGUUACAAAGCAACAUCCAUGCCUUGUGUCUUAAGAUGCAUGUGUUUCAUGCUUCUCCAUUGUCUUAACGCAGCACAAGAUGAAGACUUAAGAAGUUGUAGGACUGCGCCGGGUGAUUUGGUCUUUAUUGUCGAUGGUUCUUGGAGUGUUGAAGAUGUCAACUUUGAAAUAGUAAAGCGGUGGCUUGUAAACAUAACCCAAAAUUUUCAAAUUGGACAGAAAUUUACCCAAUUUGGUGUAGUCCAGUACACAGAUGAUCCCAUUUUAGAAAUACCGCUGGGGAAGUAUUCUACAAACAAAGACCUGAUCAGAGCGAUGGAAUCCAUCGAGUAUAUGGGAGGAAACACGAGGACAGGCACGGCCAUCGAAUUUGCCACAAACAAACUGUUUGGCCUCUCUGAGCGUGGCCCGAUGGGCGUAUCCCGAAUUGCAGUUGUCCUCACCGAUGGGAAGUCUCAAGAUGAGGUUUCCAAGGCAGCCGAAGCCGCGAGAAAAAAAGGAGUCAUUUUGUUUGCGAUUGGUGUGGGGUCAGAGACGGAGGAGGCACAGUUGAGAGCCAUCGCAAACAAACCUUUUUCAACUUACGUUUUCUCUGUGGAGGACUACAAAGGUAUUUCCAGGAUCAUACAAGUCAUUCGACAAAAACUGUGUGAAGAGACUGUUUGUCCUGCGAGAAUACCUAUCGAUUCCAGAGAUGAGAAAGGAUUUGAUAUCCUAUACCAUUUAAAUUUUGCCAAAAAAGCCAAGAAAACAAAAGGAACAUAUCAUGGCACUAAGGCCUAUGAGGUGACAUCUCGUAUUGACUUGAGUGAAGCUACAAGGUCACUUUUCCCUGAUGGCCUCCCACCAUCGUAUGUGUUUGUCGCCACCCUGAGAUACAAGGGAUCGGUGGCAUUGGAGGAGUGGGAUCUAUGGAGGAUCCAGACGCGUGACGGUACACCUCAAAUGGCGGUGACCCUAAAUGGACUUCAUGGCACCGUUCAGUUCACCACAACCAGCCACUCACUAACUGGAACGCAAACGGUUACAUUUUCACAGAACACAGCAAUGAACCUGUUUGAUGAGAAGUGGCACCAACUACGACUGCUGGUCACCGAGGAAGACGUCACUCUUUAUGUUGAUGACCUGCAAAUGGAAACACUGACAUUGGAGCCUCCUGUUGGCAUUUUCAUCAAUGGAAAAACUCAAGUUGGAAAAUAUGUCAGUAAAGAAACAACAGCACCGUUUGAAAUUCAGAAGCUGCGUAUCUACUGUGACCCUGAGCAGAACAACCGUGAGACUGCAUGUGAAAUACCAGGAGUGUGUUCCAACAGUCCAGAUUAUGCUGAGCCAACUCAAGAACCUUGUGUUUGUCCUCCGGGACCUCCAGGACAUCCGGGGAUGAAGGGUGAACCAGGAAAUGGUGGCAAAGCAGGUCUGCCUGGACGUGCUGGUGCUGAUGGUAAGCCUGGAGUGGCUGGCAUUAGAGGAAGUCCAGGGUCUCCUGGUGUGGCAGGAAUGAAGGGUCAGCGUGGGGCAGAUGGGUUGAAAGGGGAGCAGGGGAGGCCCGGUGUUUCGGGUGAAAGAGGUGUACCGGGAUUAAUUGGAUCACCUGGACAACCUGGAGAAAAGGGACCGGUUGGAUCACCCGGACGAGUAGGGAUGGUGGGUGAAGCCGGACAAACGGGAGAGAAAGGAAGUAUUGGACCUCCCGGGCCUCCGGGUUAUCGAGGAGCACCUGGUGAACCUGGGAGAGAUGGAAAGGAUGGAUUUCCUGGGCUACCUGGUCUAAAGGGAGAAAGUGGGGAGAAUGGAAUCCCCGGUCUCGAUGGAAGGGAUGGCCAUAUGGGUUUGCCUGGUUUGCCAGGGAGCACCGGCCUCACAGGACAAAAAGGGGAAGCUGGUUUUCCUGGAUCAAAGGGCCCACAAGGAUCAGAUGGAUCACCUGGGGAGAUGGGUCCAGCAGGUCCACCUGGUUUCAAGGGAAAUAUUGGCCCAAAGGGCAGUAAGGGUGAAAAUGGAAGUCCGGGUAAACAAGGGAUACCAGGUUCUAUGGGCAGACCAGGUGAUCCUGGACAAGCGGGUCAGCCCGGACACCCAGCGGUGCCCGGCCUAAAGGGAAGCAAGGGUGAAAGGGGACAUGCAGGUGUAAGAGGAGAUCUGGGAAUGAAAGGUGACAAGGGAGCAGAUGGAAAAUCAGGGAAUCACGGUUCACCAGGACUGAGGGGACUUAAAGGGGAGAAAGGGACAACAGGGGAUCCGGGUCAGAGAGGCCAGGAAGGUCAAAUGGGCCGCCCUGGACAGCCAGGUCAGGCGGGCCAAACGGGACCCCGAGGCCCUCGGGGCGACACGGGUCCUGCCGGACAACCUGGCCCGGCAGGAAGCUCUGCGGGUGACGUUUCAGACAUGCACAUUCGACAAGUUUGCAGAGAAAUUCUUCAGUCUGAACUGCCGUCAAUGUUGUUGAGCCACCAGUCAAGUAGCUGUUCCAUGUGCCAAAGCCUUCCUGGAACACCUGGCGUCCCAGGUCUUACAGGGCCCCGGGGUCCCAGGGGACUCCCUGGCAUGUCUGGCGCCAGGGGGCAGCCAGGCUACCGUGGUCAUCCAGGGCUACCUGGUGUUAAUGGAGUAAAAGGAGAUUCUGGGCUUAAGGGUGAAAAGGGAAGCCCGGGCCGCACCAUACAUGGGGACCAAGGACCACCUGGGCCCCCAGGUCCUGUAGGUCGUCAGGGUUAUGGCAAACCGGGCACUUCAGGUCAACCUGGACCACCUGGUCUUAACGGAGCAGAGGGUAAAAGCGGUAAACCCGGCACACCUGGCCAGCCUGGGGUGUGUGACCCAUCCUUAUGCUAUGGUAGCAUGAUGAGGCGGUCCUACUACAGCAAAGGACCAAACUAUUGACUAAAGUCCACCAGUGUGAGGCUGGUGUGAAGCAAACAACCAUUCUCAGGAAGUUCUCAUCCUUACAGUUGUCCUCUGGAAAGUAACAAAUUGACCUCUUCUAAAUAUCGACAAUCAAUCUACAUACAACCAUCAAAAAGCCAUUUUUGUCACGAAAACGAAUGAAUCAUUUUCAAACGUCGGGAGAAGAGUACAAAAGAAUUUCCAAGGUGGUUUAUGCAGUAUACCAUUGAUCACAAAGAAGGAAGUAACUGCCAAGUGGACAUAAUAUGGCAUAGCAAUGACUUUGUAUGUAGUUUGAGGCCCCUUUCAAAUUAAUGAAAAGAAAAAGACUGCUCGAUAAACUGUGUCGCUGAUUUCAGGAACAUCAGCUCCAGGUGCAUCUGCAUGAAUGUCAAGCAAAAGACAGGCUUUGUUCAUCAUGUCUGACAGAAAUCUGCCAUCUUCAUCUUGUCACGUCUAUUAUUGCAAUGAAUUCUCUGUUUUAUGAUCUGAUGAAAGCAAGGCUGAACUUUGAGCACAAUUCCAAAAGAUACUGUAUGAUUGGCUCACAAUCAAUGUUGCACACCUAAAAAAAAAGAAAACAAUAUCCAGCAGUGAAGUACAGUGGUAAAAAUAUCGUGCUUUGUGACUAUAUUUCUUCAGCUGGAACUGGGAAAUUAGUCAAUGUGGAGGGAAUUAUGAGUACUGUUGUCCAAAAAGGAGUCAAUUUUGGCAUAAAUCCUCCAGGUUUCUGUGAGAGGUUGAAGAGGUAUUUAACCUUUCAGAAUGAUAACAGCCAAAAGCAUACAUCCAAAUACUUUGCCAGAGGAACCAUUUUGGAAUGGCACAGUCAGACUCCAAGAUGAAAUCCAGUUGAAAGUUGCCCGUGGCGUACGGUGCACAUGACAUUUGUGCAAAAAAACAAAAAAAUCAGCCCAAAAAAUAAAAAUAAAAUAAAAAAUCACAAGGGAUAGUGCUCACAAAUACGUUUUGGUAAAAAGGUAGUAGUGCACAUGACAUUUGUGCAAAAAAUAAUUUCACCCCCAAAAAAUAAAAAUUCACCCCUUGUUAUUUUUUCCUCUUGUAUUGUCCAAGUCAAAACUUUCAAGAUAUUUUUAAAUCAUUCCGAUAGUUGCUUUAGAGUAACCUGUAAUUUGGUGUGUAGACUUUGUGUCGAUCACAGUCUAUGAUCUCGCUAAUCAGCAUGGCGAGAUUGCACCACACAUUUUUUCAUGAUAAAAUGUCCAUGAUAAAAUUGGUCUAGCUUUGGUCUCCUUAAGGCUUAAGGCCCUGAAAUUUGAAUCCUGACAUAAAAAUGAACAAAUGAUACAAUGCAAAACUCUUUGCUAAGUUUAAGCUUUGGACUGUCCGAGUUUGUAUGGCUGGGCCAUGAUCCCAGAUUGCCCCCUGGUGAUGGAAUGCUGCAUAAUGGGCCCUAAAUGGACUGAUUAUGACGUGGACCGUUGUUUCCCAAACUGUGAGCAGCCCAACUCACUUUGUCUUUUCAACAGAAGAACUAAUGCUCUUUUUCAUUCGUGUUUAUAGCGUAAAACAUAUUCUGGGACUGGAUGGUAAGAGAUCACAAUACAUUUACUGAAUCGGUAAGUGUUCCGUAUUAAAAAAAAAAAAAAAAAAAGAACAAUUUGAGAAACAAUGAUUAAAUGCUCAGUCAAUAUAUUACAGAACAGUAGUGGACUGUUUUUUUUCAGUUAAAACAACAACAAAAAAAGCAAACAUUUAAUUGGCUGCCUUUAGCUAAUUAUUCAGUGGUAUUAAUUUCAAAGCGUUAAUCAUGAAUUCACUUUCUAUCCAAUCACCAUGGUAUUACACAAGGAUUGUAAUAUUGGCUAGCAUUAUGUUUUCAAUUACUUAUCGGGCCCUUCAUUGCUGUAGCAACUAUUUUUAUUAUUUAUGAUGAGUCAUAAUUGUUGAUUUGUAGCAUUGCCAAGAUUUCUUUUUUUAUUAUUAUUUUUUAUUUUGUACCUUGUGUUCAAACAUAUUCAAAUUAAACGGUUUUUUUUCA